CUCUCUCUCCCCGUGACUCUCUCCUCUCUCUCUCUCUCCCUGUGUGUGUGUCUCUCUCUCUCGCCCCGCUCGCCAUGUCAGGGCCGUGUGUGAGUCGUGAGUCGAUCUCCCCCCGUCGCUGACUCUCCUCCACCUCCUCCUCCCCAACUCUCUGCGACUCUCACUUCGCGCUCUCGCUCCACUCCACGGGGAAGAGUGGAACUCAGUGUCAAGAAAACCACCCCCUCCCUCCCCCCCACCUUCAACGACCCCCUCCCUCCAUCCCCUUGUGUCUCCCCCCCCCCCAACGCCGCCACCUGCCACCACCACCACCCCCUACACCCCCCGCAUCGCCUCUCGACUUUGCCGCCGCAACAGGGAGAUCGCGUCACGUGGCCACGAUGGAUCACCGGCGGGCGGACAGCUUCGCUGAGAGGACGACAGACGUUGAGAAGCUGCAGACGGGCAAGGGUGGCGGUGGUGUUGUUGGUGUCGGUGACGACUUGGUGGGGGUGGUCGGAGCGGGUCCCGGUGCCCACGGGGGUGGGCCCCCCACCUCCACAGGCGCUGGAGGCAGCGUCGAUGACCCGUCCAAGAAGAAGCGGCAGCGGCGGCAGCGGACGCACUUCACGUCGCAGCAGCUGCAGGAGCUGGAGGCGACCUUCCAGCGCAACCGCUACCCGGACAUGUCCACGCGGGAGGAGAUCGCGGUGUGGACCAACCUCACCGAGGCGCGCGUGCGGAUCUGGUUCAAGAACCGGCGCGCCAAGUGGCGCAAGCGUGAGCGCAACCAGCAGGCGGAGUUGUGCAAGAACGGCUUCGGGGCGCAGUUCAGCGGCUUCAUGCAGCCUUACGACGACGUCUACUCGGCCGCCAGCUACGGCUACAACAACUGGGCGAAGGCGCUUCAGCCCUCCGCGGCGCCCCUCUCAAAGAACUUUCCAUUCUUCAACUCGGUCUCGCCGCCCGUCUUCUCGCCCCCGUGCACCACGGGCAUGGCCGCGGCAGCCGCCGUCGCCUCUUCCUCGAUGAUGCCCCAACACCACCCGGGCAUCGGCAACCUCAGCGGUUCGCCCGUGGCCACGAGUCCCGCGUCUGGAGCCGGCGGGUGCCCGUACGCGGUGGCGGCCCACGCGGCCGGAGCGCCCGCGCCGCCCUACGUCUACCGGGGCGACCCCUGCAACUCGAGCCUGGCCAGCCUGAGGCUCAAGGCGAAGCAGCACCACUCGAGUUUCGCCGGAUACGCGGGCCUGCAGGCGCCGCCGUCCAAUUUCAGCGCGUGCCAGUACGCAGUGGACCGGCCCGUCUAGCGUGCUCGUCGGUGGGCUGGGGGGCUGGGGGGGGGCUAGGGAGGGGGCUGCAUCCCCCCCCCCCCGGUCGGUUGGAGGCGAUGAGCGAACGUCGCUGAUUUGCGCGAGGCACAGCACGCUGGUGGCGAUGCAGCGCUGCACCCCUCUCCAUCACCCCCCACCCCUCUCCUCCACCGAAUCCCAGCGACGAUCAUCGUCGCCUCGACCACCAAACACCACCACCACCACCCACCGCCGCAUUGUGCCCUCCUCCACCUUGACUCGGCGCAAGGAGUGGGAAGACAAAGGCGGCUCGCUCACGUCCUCACGCACCCGAUGCCUCGCUCAGCCAAACUCAAUCGCUCGCUCGCGCACUCGACUCGCUCCGCUGAGGCUCCGUCGCUCGCACUGCGGCUCACACGAGGACCACUGAGGCUCGCUCGCUCGGGCUCAUCGACUCACUCAACAACGCUUACUCAACAACGCUCACUCGCUCAACAACGUUCACUCAACAACACUCACUCGCUCAACAAUGCUAACUCAAUUCUCACUCAACUCUCACUCACUCACUCAACAACGCUAACUCACUCAACCCUCAAUCACUCAACUCUCACUCACUAAACUCUCAAUCAACUCUCACUCAACUCUCACUCACUCACUCAACAACGCUCACUCACCAACGCUAACUCAAUCAACUCUCACUCAACUCUCACUCACUCAACAACUCUCACUCACUCAACGCUCACUCACUCAACAACGCUCACUCAACAACGCUCACUGGCUCACUCACUGGCUCGCCCACGCUCACCCACUGACCGCUUGCUCUUCAGCUCACUCAAGAAGACUCACUCGCUCGCUCACUCUUCUGCUCGCUCGCUCGCUCGCUCAUUCAACAUUCAUUCCCUCGCCUCCGGCGUGCGCGCGAUGGACUUUGGUUCUGUGGCUUAGGGCACAGAAAAGCGGUGCCUCCAUAAACUUCCAUCCUCCUCCCCUGUUGGUGAUGGUGAUGAUGGUGCUGCUGGUGAUGGGUGCUGGUGAAGCUGAUGGGUGCUGGUAAAUCGAUGGUGAUGGGGCUGGUGUGGUGAUGGGGCACGUCGUGGAGAAGCUGAUGUCCCCCCCCCCCCCAUCGCCAUCACCGCCCUCAGGGUGGUGGUGGCGGUGAGCAAUGGAGCAAAAGGCCGGACGGAUACCAAUGAACAUCACCACCACCAUCACCGACAUCACCCCGCUCUCCGUGAUGGCCGUGCGUUGAUGGGAGAGCGAUGGAGAGUGACGGACAGGUGGAGAGCGGCGCUUGUGAACAUCACCGCCGUCGCCGCUGACACCGAUAGCGAUGGUGUGAUGGUGGAGGGGGCUUGUGGGCCGUGGUGACCCUGGACCGGACGAGAUGCCCAUGAAACAUCACCGCCAUCACCGCCGUCACCGCCGCCCGGCACGUGAUGGAGCGAUGGGCCAGUCAAGAGACAGACGCCCACGAACAUCGUCACCUCCCUCAGCUGUAUCGUCUGUUCUUCCUGACGUCCCUCGAGUGAACAGGACAGGGGGGGGGGGGGGGUGUGUAAUGAUAUGAUAUGGGGGGGGGGCCCUACCCCCCCCCCGAGCCUCUAUGACCCCCGCAGUGAGAGUAGAGUGAUGGGGGGACGGGAUUCAUGCACGCGGCACAGCCGCUUGUGUAACAGCCAUUACCUGUGUAGAUGUGUCACUGUGCGUGUGUGUAUGACUCUGUGUGUGUGUAAGCGUGUAUUUGUAUGAGUGCGCGUGUCUUCAUGUAGGUGUCUCUGUGUGUGUGUGUAUAUAUGUGUGUGUGUGUUUGCCAGUCAUCUCAGUCGGUCGACCCAUAACACCUGGGAAUGUCCCGUGACCUGCCAGCAACGAGCCUUCCACACGUCACGUGACAACCUCAAAGUGCACCUAGCUUGGCACAAGCGAUGUGGUGACGUCACCGCCACGCCGUGGCGAACUGCGGUUUCGUGAUGUUGUGGGUGUCCGUAUGAGUCUGUGCGUGUGCGUCUUUGUAGGUGUUUCAUGGAGAGUGGUGGGGUAGCGGUUAGCGCACUGCGCUACGAACCCGGCUUCCCGAGUUCGAUUCCCGCUCUCGCAGCCAACCAACACCUGCGACGAAUCUCCGAACCGGUCUUGGGCCUCCCCUAGGUCGGCUCGGUCGUAAAUGACCACGUGAUGCAGUGUUUAAACAUCAGCAUUGGGGAAACAAAGGCAGCCGGUCGUGUGUUGUGCCGACCUUCAUAGGUGCUCGCUAACAGCACUUGCCCCGGCAGUCUGU